AUGGAAGGCUUGUUGAUUCAUCGCAAUCCGACUUCACCAGAAGUGCUGGAGGAGCGCAGAGCGAAGAUCGCCGGGCUCUCUGCGGCAUUUUUUAAAGUGCCGCACUUGUCACAAUGUAAGACUGCUCAGGAGUACCGAGAUAUGCGGAAGAAUGGGACAAAUGGCUUCCCGAAGCUGUGGCAGUUUGAGGGAGCAAAAAUGAUCGAAGCCAGCGCUCGCGACGGUCACAAGAUUCCGCUCCGAGCCGUCAAUCCAACGAACGCCAGACGAGGGUUUGCACUUCACUACCAUUCUGGAGGAUACGUGGUCGGCUCAGCCGCGUCACAGGAUGCCUUUUUGGUUGAUAUGGCCAAGCGCUUGGAUAUGAUGGUGAUCAGCGUCGAGUAUCGCAUGGCACCUGAGAACAAAUUCCCCACCCCCCAACACGACUGCAUCGACGCUGCUGUCUGGGUACUGAGUGAGGAAGGCGAGAAAGUCAUCGACGCUGGCGGGCCUCUGAAUUUUCUCCUUGGAGACUCGGCUGGCAGCAAUGCUGUGGCCUUGGUGGUGCUUGCACUUCGCGACGAGUUCAAGGUUGACGUGCGGACUCGCAUCAAGGCUCUCAGUAUGAGCUACGGACUUUUUGACGUGUCUGAAACACCGUCCAACCGACAAUACAAGGGGACUUGUCUCGUGAAUCGUCAGGCUCUCCAGUACUACACCGAUGUUGGCUACGAGAACGUCCCCAAGGAGAACUUCAAAGAGCCGGACGUAUCGCCUCUAUACGCUGAUCUCUCCGACCUGCCACCGGCUAUUUUCAGCUGCGGCGAUGAAGACGCACUAUUAGACGACAGUAUCUUCAUGGCGAGCAGAUGGCACAUGGCAGGAAACAAGACUGAACUCCAGAUCUAUCCUGAAGCAUAUCACUGUUUCAACCUCAACCCCGUCACCGAAUCGGCCAUAGAAUGCAACAGUAAGAUUGCAGGGUUCGCUCUGCAAUGCCUCUAG